AUGUCUUCAGAACUGAGACAAGUGUUUGUGGAGGUGCAUGUCAACGGUGUCUUCUACUGCACUGAGAGUUACUGGGUAUCAGAUGAGCAAGAUGUAGAGUCCGAGAUCACCAGUGCCAUCUAUGACCAUUUCGAUUCCUAUAAACCGGAAAACAUAGAUGUGCAGCUGAACAAUGUCAUGAAUGACAAAGUCUCUUCUGAUGAGGAAGAUGUGCAGCUGGAGGCUGACGAAGUUAAGGAUGGCAUCUCAGAGUCAGUGUCGCUGGUGUCUGAGGAACUGACUGAUCUAGCUGGGCCUUCUAAGGAAGAGAUCGAUCAGGAUGACAUUGAUGCUUCUCCUGAAACCUCUGAGGAGAACAUCUCAAUAGAAUUUGCCAAAGUGAGGAAGACAAUCAGUGAGUUCUUCCGAACUGGGAUUUCACUACAGCCUAAGGCAGGAAGUGGCAGUGAGACUUGUCAGGAUGGCAUGGAUGAUUCUCCUGAAAUCUUUGAGGAGGACAUCCCAAUAGAUUUUGCCAAGGCGAGGAAGACCAUUAGUGAGUUCUUCCGAACUGGGAUCUCAGGACAGCCUAAGACUGAUCUGGCUGUUUCUGAAUCACUGUGUAAUGCCCCAGAAAGCAGCAGUGAGAUCCAUCAGGGUGGCAUGAAUGCUUCUCCUGAAAUCCCUGAGGAGGACAUCCCAAUAGAUUAUGCCAAAGUGAGGAAGACAAUUGGUGCAUUCUUCCAAAAGCGUUAUGGGAUCUCAGCGCAGCCAGAUUCGGAUGUUUCAGAGUUGCUUUGUGUCCCAGCUGCAAGCGCUCCUGAACCAAAUCCCAAAUCUGAACCUUUGUCCCCAGCACCUAAACUUAUGGAACCUGAACUGGAUCCGGUCAUUUCUGAGGAAUGUUGUAUCCCAGGUCCGAACAGUUCUGAACCAGAACCUGCAUCCUCAGAAGGUUUGGUGGACAACAUCUGUGAUGCCAUCUCAGAGCUGAGAAGCCCAAUGCUGGUAUCUGAAGAUCUGACCAAUCCAGAAGGGACUUCAGCAGAAGUGGAAGAGAGCAGCAGCGGGAACGUUCAGAGUGGCACUGAUGUGUCUCGUGAAACCGCUGAGGAGGACAUCCCAGUAGGUGCAAGCGCUCCCGAACCAACAUCUGAACCAUUGUCCUCAACCCCUGAGCCUAUGGAACCUGAACUGGAUCCAGUCAACCCUGAGGAAUGGUGCAUCACAGGUCCGAGCAGUUCCGGAUCAGAACCUGUGUCCUCAGAAGGUUUGGUGGAUGACAUCAGCGAAGCCAUCUCAGAGCUGAGGAGCCCAACGCUAGUGUUUGAAGAUCUGAUUGAUCCAGAAGGGCCUUCAGCAGAAGUGGAAGAGAGCAGCAGCGGGAACAAUCAGAGUGGCACUGAUGCAUCUCCUGAAACUACUGAGGGGGCCAUCCCAACAGAAUAUGCCAAAGUGAGGAAGAUCAACAAAAUUAGUGUGUUUUUCCAACAUUUUUUUGGGAACUCAGCACAGCCUCAGAAGAAUCCGACUGUUCCAGAGCCUCCGUGUAACCCAGAAGCAAGUGUUCCGGAGCAAGAACCUCAAGUGACAGGGCUUUCAGAGAGCCAUAUUCCUCAAAACAUUUCCCAGCUGAAAAAACGUUCAGAGGAAUGUACACUGUCUGAAACACCUGUCACUGAGGUCUGGCCCAACGUCUUCUUGGGAAACGAAGAGACAGCAAGGGACCGAACCAAACUCAAAGAGAUGGGUAUUACCCACAUCUUAAAUGCUGCAGCAGUGAAGAAGAAGCUGAGGGUCUUGAUGGGAAUGCCAAAAGAGAAAGACCUAAAAGGAAAGAUUAAUACAGGGGCGAAAUAUUACAAAGGCAUGAACAUCAAAUAUUGUGGAUUGUCUACAACGCACAAAGACGGUGUCAAGAUGGGCAAGUACCUCAUACCAGCUGCCAAAUUCAUCAACAAGGCCCUGAGGAACCCAGAAAACAAGGUGUUAAUUCACUGCUGUGAUGGUGUCAGCCACUCCCCUGUGCUUUUACUGGCAUAUCUGAUGAUCCACCAUGACAUGAACGUGGAGGAAGCCAUUGAUCACGUCACAAAGAUACGACACAUCAAGCCUUCCGUAAGCUUCCUGACGCAGCUGAUGUCCCUCAGUGCCGAACUUGUGGAGCAGCGAAAGCAACAGCUACUGGACAACCAGGCAGCAAAGUGCCGCUAA